UCUUCUUAUCGAUUUGUUUUGUUUGGAUGUCCAGUCGAAAGCAGUGAAAAGUUGCAUCUUGCGAAAAAUUUGCAUUAAUAUCGUGAUUUUUCUACUGCUAAAACGUAAGUUUUCCACCAAAUACCAUGGGAUGUGAUGGCGGAACCAUUCCCCGGCGGGACGAGUUAGUUCGCUUGAAGAAAAAACCAGAACAGAAAGACAAAGAUGCCGAGAGGCAGUUCCGGUGGAAACAUUGCAAUCUGACCCAGGAACGGCUACAGCAGCCAAUCGUAAUGUGCGGCCUGGGUCGGCUGUACUCCAAGCAGAACGUCAUCGAGCACCUGCUGGAGAGCAAAAUGCCCGAUUCGUGUGCGCACAUCAAAUCCCUCAAGGACAUCAAGGAUCUGAAUCUGACGGCCAAUCCGGCGUACGAGGAAGCUCAGGAUGACAAGAGCGCACAGUUUAUCUGCGCCCUGAUCGGGCUGGAAAUGAGUGGCCAGUUCCGAUUCGCUGCCCUCUGGAAGUGUGGCUGUGUUUUCUCCGAACGGGCGCUGAAGGAAAUCAAGGACAAAAAUUGUUCUGUUUGCCUUACUCCAUUCUCUGAGGAAGACGUUGUGGUACUGAACGGAACAGAAGAGGACGUCGAUCUGAUGCGAACUCGCAUGGAGGCCAGAGUUGCCCGAUUGAAGGCUGAAAAGAAGGCGAAGGCGGACAAAAAAGCCAAAUCCAGAGAGCAGUCGCACGUUGCAACGGCUACAGUUACAGCAAGUACCAGCGAAAAAGAUGCAGCAGAAGCUGGACCUUCAAAACCGGUCACGACGGGAAAGCCUUCAGGAAGUACAUCACUGAAACCAAUUAUUCCGAACAAGAGGGCCCUCAUCAGUGACAAAAUUGGAGACGACCCAACGUUCAAAAAGUCCAAACAGGAUUAUAGCGUGGCCAAAGACCCCAAAGCUACGGCGGUCUAUAAGUCGCUUUUCACGAGUCAUGACAGUGAGAAGGACCAACAAAGGGCACAUUGGGUUACUUACAAUCCGUUUUACAAUUGAAAUCUAUGUGUAAUAACAUUAAUUUUAAACAUUUCUAUAAUUUCUGAAUGAUAAUGAAGGUAUCAGGCUAAUUUGAAUAAAUCACCAUAAACAAAU